UUGAUGGUUUGGAUAAGGCUUCAAUCGCUAACUCGGAUGGACCGGCCCCAGGAUCCCAAACUCCCCCUUUCAAGAGGAAGGGCAAACUCUCUACCAUUGGCAAAAUCUUUAAACCUUGGAAAUGGCGAAAGAAGAAGACUAGUGACAAAUUCAGAGAAACGUCAGCAGUGUUGGAAAGGAAGAUUUCGACAAGACAAAGCAGAGAGGAGCUGAUAAGAAGGGGAGUGCUGAAGGAAAUGCCAGAGCAAGAUGGUGAUGUAACGGUAAAUUUUGAAACUUCAAAUGGACACACCAUAGCUAUUGGUGAAGAAACUAUACAGGAAGAAAAUGUGCUAAAAGCCAGUGAAGAUAAUGGUACUUUAUCAGAGAAAGCAUCAGCAUCAGAAGGAAAAAAAGAAGAUCAAAAAGAGAGCACUGCUGAUCACUGCCCAGAAAUACCGGCAUCCCAUGCUCCACCACUACCCAAGCCUAAGCCUAAAUCUAAAAAAGCUCUGCUACCACCAAAAAAUGCUAUUGCUGCUUCCACCACUACCAGCCAUAAGAGUAACGAAGCACCUCAUGCUAAAAAAAAGGGAAAGGCUCCUGCUAAGCAGCCUCCUAUCCCACCACCCAAGCCAACAAGUCACAGUGCAAAUCGAGACACUGCUGGUUCCUCUCAUGUGAAAAAACCGCUAGUCUCCAAGUCCUCUUCAUCACCAUCUCCAUCCACAUCAUCUCAUCCUAAAGCCUCUAAGGAGACUUCCAGCAAAUCAAGCACAUCAGGGACUCCCAGGGGCAAGAAAAAAACUGGGAAACAUUCAGCCCCACGAACAGUGCCAGAUGGAGCUGCUUCUUCCCCCUCAGGUGCUACAGCCAACAGUUUGGAAGAAAAGGCAAAAAAACUCGAGCCUGAGCAACCUUCCAUACUAAUUUCAGUAACAGAGGAUGCAAAGCAAGCAAGCAAGCUUGUUGUCCCCCCUCCUCCCACCUCUGCCCCUCCUCCACCUCCACUUCCACCUCCUUUUCCUGCUGGCUCUGGUCAGCCCACUGUCUCUUCAGAUGCCCAGGAUGUGUCAGAUGGCUGCACAGCAGGGCCAGCUGUCCCCGGAUCAGAUACUAAUCCUCUCCAGACUGAGCAUGGCACAGAUGAGAACCAUGCCCUAGACAGUGGUCCAGAUGCUGGUGGAGGAGACACAAAGAGCUUGGCUACCAAAGAAGAUGAAGAAGGGGAGGCACCUGACCGGGCACAUUCUGAGCUGGUAGAGGAGGAGGCUUCUGACACUGCUGCUCCUCCUGAGAGUGAAAGUAGCAGAGAGAGCCACAGCAGCGACUCAGACUCUGAUGGGCCGAUAUUGUACACAGAUGAUGAUGAUGAUGAUGAUAAUGCAAGUGCUGAAAGCUCUUUGGCAAGUAAAAUUCGUCGUAGGGAUACUCUUGCUAUCAAACUUGGCAACAGACCAUCUAAGAAAGAAUUAGAAGACAAAAACAUCUUGCAGCGGACAUCUGAAGAGGAGAGGCAGGAAAUCAGACAUCAGAUUGGAACAAAGCUAGUGAGGAGACUUAGCCAGAGGCCUACAACUGAAGAGCUUGAGCAAAGGAAUAUCCUGAAACAGAAAAAUGAAGAGGAGGAACAGGAAGCCAAAAGAGAAAUAAAACGUAAACUCAGUAGAAAGCUCAGCCUGAGGCCUACAGUGGCUGAACUUCAAGCAAGAAGAAUCCUUCGAUUUAAUGAGUAUGUGGAGGUCACGGAUUCUCCGGAUUAUGACCGUCGUGCUGACAAGCCUUGGGCUAGGUUAACUCCCGCAGACAAGGCAGCAAUACGUAAAGAACUGAAUGAAUUUAAAAGCACAGAAAUGGAAGUACACGAGGAAAGUCGGCAAUUUACCAGGUUUCAUCGUCCAUAACUGUUUAACCACAUCC